AUGGAUAUUAUUCCAUCUCAAACGGCUGAUGAGGCUGUUCGGACAUCCGCGAAGCGCACAGCUGACCUCUUCGGGGCGGAAUACCUGAUGGUCACCCCCUCGACCUCGACAGACGGCUCUAUCGGCGUGUCCUACCGACGGAAAGUUGAAUACCAAGAUGUGCAAGAAUUGCCUCGAGCUCUUGCUGAGAAACAAGCGAAGGCGGCGGCGGGACGCUCCAAAAGGCCCAAAAUUCAACCACUUGCUUCUGGUGACGGAAGCGGCGCGUCGAUGUCGCUGGUGAAGAGGCCUGCGGCAGGCGCAGGCUCAACUGGCGGAGAUGAACAACCUAAGAGUUUGAUCCAGAGACCUUCAGCGACCAUGCAACAACCACCAGACUGGCACGCACCAUGGAAGUUGAUGCGUGUAAUUUCCGGCCACCUGGGUUGGGUGCGGGCUUUGGCUGUUGAGCCGAAUAAUGAGUGGUUUGCUAGUGGCGCAGGCGAUCGCACAAUCAAAAUUUGGAAUAUGGCGACGGGUGCUUUGCGACUUACUCUCACCGGUCAUAUCUCGACUGUUCGGGGCCUGGCGGUAUCUCCGAGACACCCGUACCUAUUCUCGUGCGGCGAAGACAAAAUGGUGAAGUGCUGGGAUCUGGAGACCAAUAAGGUUAUUCGACACUAUCACGGUCAUUUGAGUGGUGUAUAUACGCUGGCACUGCACCCGCGUCUUGAUCUACUGGUUACUGGUGGUCGUGAUGGUGUUUGCCGAGUUUGGGAUAUGCGCACACGAAGCAAUGUCCAUGUCCUGGCGGGCCACAAGGGGACCGUUGCCGAUAUCAAAUGCCAAGAAGCCGACCCGCAGGUGAUCUCCGGCUCUCUCGAUGCCACGGUGCGGUUGUGGGAUCUGGCGGCCGGCAAAUCCAUGGGUGUGCUGACACACCAUAAGAAGGGUGUUCGUGCUCUGGCAACUCACCCAAGCGAGUUCACCUUUGCCAGUGCAAGCACUGGUAGCAUCAAGCAAUGGAAGUGUCCCGAAGGUGCUUUUAUGCAGAACUUUGAGGGCCAGAAUGCAGUGAUCAACUCUCUUGCUGUCAACGAUGAGAAUGUCAUGUUCUCUGGCGGCGACAACGGCUCCAUGUCAUUCUGGGACUGGAAGACCGGUUACCAGUUCCAGUCCAUCGAUACCAUGGCUCAACCCGGUUCCCUUGAAGCCGAGGCCGGCAUUAUGGCUUCGACAUUUGACCGCACUGGUCUUCGUCUCAUCACCGGUGAAGCUGAUAAGACCAUCAAGAUCUGGAAAGAGGACGAGCAGGCUACCCCAGAGACUCACCCCGUCACCUGGGCUCCUGUCCUGGGUCGGCAGCGGUACUAG